CUUUCUGUCGAUGUGACGUCAAGAAGAGGCUAAACCUAUGGGAAGCGAGUAUCGGCCGUCCAAUCAGAAUCGUAGGAGUCACACAUCCGCCUUCCGCCGCACGUCCUCCUGGCUGCUCUUACGUUUUGUUCGUGAACGAAGUGAGCUCGCCAUGGCGUCGCGAGAAGGACCCAGGGCCACGGGAACGGACGGUAGCGACUUCAAGCAUCGCGAGAGAGUGGCCGCCCACUACCAGAUGAGUGUGGCGCUGAAGUCCGAAGUCCGCAAGCUCAACAUCGUCCAUGCCCUCAUCUGGCUCCUGAUGGCCGCCCAGGUGACGGUGAGCCAGCUGGGCCUGGUCUCCCACCGCCUGGUGGCCCAGCCCUACCAGUGGGAGUACCCCUACCUGCUCAGCAUCGUGCCCUGCGCCCUGAGCCUCCUGGCCCUUCCCCGCAACAACAUCAGCUACCUGGUGCUCGCCAUGAUCAGCGCCGGGCUGUUCUGCGUCGCUCCGCUCAUCUACGGCGCCAUGGAGAUGUUCCCUGUGGCACAACAGCUCUAUCGCCACGGCAAAGCGUACCGCUUCCUGUUCGGCAUGCCAGCGGUGACGGUGAUGUACCUGGUCGUCGUGGUCGCGGUGCAGGUGCACGGCUGGCAGAUCUACUACAGCAAGCGCCUGCUGGACCAGUGGUUCACGAGCACGCAGGAGAAGAAGAAGAAGUAGGGCGGGACUUCCUUGACGGGAAUUCCUGCCCUCCUCUGCGAAAACCGUUUGAGGGGUGGUUUUGUGGAGGAGGGCGGGACUUCAUCAGGAUCAGGUUAAGUUCACGAGUACCCAGGGGAAGAAGAAAUAGGGCGGGACUUCCUGUUUGGCUAGCGGGAAGUCCCACCCUCCUCUGAAACAACCAUGUUUUUGUGGAGGAGGGCGGGACUUCCUGUUUUAUAAAA